AUGACACCUCCGCAGGCCGUUUUCCACGCGCUCCUGCGGCCUGCCAUAAUCCAAAUUCUGCGUGCAACUGGCUUCCACUCCGCAAGACCUGCCGUCAUCGACAGCCUCACCGACCUCGCAGCCCGGUACCUGAACCUGCUAUGCGAGGAAACGGCCCGCCACGCCAGUGACAACACCGGCGAGUUCGAUUACAACGGUGCCGCGGCGCCGACCGUCGUGGACAUACGGCUGGCGCUGCAGAACGCCGGCGCUUUCCUCCCCGAGCGCGAUUUCGAGGAGCAAGACUACACAGGGAAGGAGGACACGAGAGGCGUGGACGACUUCGUGGCGUGGGCGACAGGACCCAAGAAUGAAAACAUCAGGCGGAUUGCGUUGGACGGGGGUGAGGAGGGCGUCACGGACUACCUCAGCGCCUUGAAGAAGAGACACAGCAAGACUGCCGAUGACUCAAGAUACACUGGCACGUUACUGGGGAAGCCACACGGCCAAGGUCUUGUGGUUGUUGAGGGCCACAGCGAAAUCGACAGCAUCCGUAGCUGGGUUGAAAGGCAACGUGGGCCAUCCAAGACCUCGCCCGACACGGACACCGAGUCUAGACCUGCGUCUAGUGGGCUCAGUUCUAUUGGUACGAUGGAUGGGGAGAUGGACCUGUCAUAG